UGACAUGAAAAUUAACAAACUAUACCAAACACGAUACGAGAUAAACAGGUCCGAAACGUGUCCCUAUCGUGCAUGCCUAAACACGGCCCAGUGCCACUGCCAGGGUACACUCGUCUUAACCCAAAUAAAACUCCCUGUAUAAUCCCAAAUUUUGGCGGCGGUGACGACGAAGCAAAUGAGUAGAAGGGUUUUGAAGCCGAAUAAAACUGCCCAUAAUAUAUUCACAAGCGAGAAGGACUGCGGGAUUUUCAGAUUUAUUGUUUGCUCAAACUGGCCAAACGGCUCCGGCUGUUGCCGUCCGAUGGAGGAAGAUAUCGAGACUCAAAACUACCAAUGCCAUGACUGCGGAGGCCGCAUCUUCUUCGAGAACGGUGGUUCCUAUUACUGCCGUCAUUGCCUUACCAUGGCCCAAGGCAUCAUACUGACAGCAACCGACGACGACGGUAAAACCGCUGGCUGCGGCGGCGGCGGCGGCGUCACCCGGCAUCGGCGGCACACCCCUUCUGAGGGAACCAAGGAGGUGCCCAGGUACGAGGAUUGCUGCAACGAGGUGAGGAAUAGGUAUAUAGAGGGGAUUCAGUGGACGAUUCAGUUACAGUGCGAGGCGUUGGUUGCCAAGUUCGGUGUCAGCCCUUUGAUUUGUGGGGUGGCCUCUGCUGUUUGGCUGAGGUUCGUGGUUGCUGCUGGAGUAUUCAAAGAUGUUUGGGCUGAUAACACUUUUACGGAAUCCGAAAACCAGCUAGGAGAAUUUGAUGACAGUAAGAUCCAUGACAAGGGCAGGGAUGAACUACACAAGGAGAAUGGCCAGCAUGUCGCAAUGGUUUGGUUUAGGAGUUUGAGAAAGGUAAUACCACUUGAUUGCUCUUUGGCUAUAUGUUUUUUGGCUUGCCAUGUUGCAAGAGAAGCAAUUUUGCCAACGGAUAUAGUGAAGUGGUCGAUCGAAGGGAAGAUUCCUUAUUUUGCUGCUCAUGUUGAGAUCGAGAAGCGUUUCGGCAUGCCCUCGCUUGCCUGUCCUAUAAGUUCAGCCCUAAUGUUUAGGCCUUGUAAGUCGAUUCCAGUACAGAAGUUGGAGCGAAUGGCUGCUAGUAUUGCGGAGUCGAUAGGCUUGAAUUUGCCUCCAGUGAACUUCCAUGCAGUGGCUUGUUGCUAUCUCAAUCGGCUGUCUGUUCCCAGCAAAAAGAUUCUUCCACAUGCUUGUCGCAUCUAUGAGUGGUCGAUGCCCCCCGGUUUAUGGUUGUCAACAAAUGAGUUGAGACUUCCCUCUCGUGUCUCUGUGAUGUCUAUACUGAUUGUAGCCAUAAGAAUUCUCUACAACAUAAACGGGUUUGGUGCAUGGGAGAGGAGCUUAUCUAAGGGUGUCCUUUCUGGGGUGAGGGGAGAUGGCGGCAAGGAUAAUGGCUACCCUCUGCAUGAGGUAGCUGAUUCAAGUGAAAAUUUGGUCAAGAAUGAAAAGGAUGUUCAGAUAUCAGAGUUCGAUUCCGAGGAACUCUUGCGCAACCUUGAAGCAAAGUAUAGUGAGAUUGAAGAACCAUGUGAAUUUGCAAAAGACUUGACUUCAUAUCUCCAGUACUGCAAGGACGUGGUAUUUGCAGGAGUUGGGUCAUCUUUGCGCAAAGCUCAGUGGAAGCAGGAGGAGGAAGAAUUGAUAGACAAGUUGUGGGAUUUUUAUCAGAAUGCAGAGGAUUAUGAACCUGCAGAGGAAAUGGCUGGAAAGCAAGGCCGCACUUCUGACAAGAAAAGAUCGAGGAGCGAUGACGCCAGGUUUGUCCCAAUUCAGCCAAGAACAAGGCAAUUCAGAGAGAUGUUCCAUGAGAGCCCACUUCAGGAUUCUGACAACAGUGACCCUGCCAAACAAACUGCAAUCAAGAAAUUGAAGUUGAACAUGGAGGAGAAUCGAUUUUGCUACAUCCCACCAAGGGUUAACAUCAAGAGAUCUGGUUACCUCCAGUACUCGAGGAAACAGGAUGAGGGUGUCUUGAGAUAUGUUGCACAUGCGGACUACUACAUCCUGCUGCGUUCUUGUGCGAGAGUCGCACAAGUCGAUAUUAGGAUCAUGCACAUUGGGGUCCUGGAUUUGGAGAGGAGAUUGGCCUGGUUGGAGAAAAGGAUUGAUCAUUGCUUGCAUUUGACGGCUCCUAGUAUUACUUGUGACUUCUGUAGGAAUGUUACAUAAUGUGAGUACGAUGUUGUAGAUCGAACUCCUGAGUCCAGAACUCUACCUUUGAGACCCUAGUUUUGACUUUUUUUUAGGGAUUUUGACUUGGGUGUUUGUUCAUACUUCCCCAAAAUUUUAGAUAAUCAGAAAAGUCAUGGUAGUGAUUAGCCUUGUUGAUCUUUCUACCCCUCAAGAAUACUGUGUAACCAACUUUCAGAAAUCUUGGAUGAAGCAGUUCAAGUAGAAAU